CUUAUGUAUAGUUCUGCCACUCAAGUCCAUACGAACACGACUGCCCUUCAGAACAACCUGAAAUUUAUUUCUCCUUCCAGCUCGCAAGCAUUCGAACAGCGUUGUUUUGCUCGUCUGAAUGCUUGUGUAAACAUACCAUUAUAAUAAAGCUUACAUCCUAAAGCGCGAAGGUCAGGCCCCUUGGGGCUGCAUCGGACCGGCUGACAGCACAAGCUGUUACAAGCGCUUAUAUUUGCCAGGGAUGGUACGAGAGUGGAAGCGCGAUCCAUCGCCAGACUUGUCGCGGGCGCCUCGCGAUGCCGGCAGCCUUAGCCCUAAGUCACCGACCGUCAAGUUCCGCCCUGGCGAGCGUUUCGCCUUUGAUGGCAAGGCGCGACUACCCAACUUCCUGAAUGGGCGAGACGGGCAGAUGGGCGAGGCACGUGCCCACAUACGGCCCGUCGACACGUCCACACACACCACCUACGACUGGUCCGGCGCCGGCGCGGGCCUGGCGGGCCAGAGCCUGGCUGCGGACCUGGCUCGCUCGCUCAACGGCGUAUCCAGCCUGCGUGCGGGCGCCGCCCGGUCCAGCACGGCUCGGUCGCUGGUGGCGGCGGACACGCGCUAUCACCACCUGGCGGAGCCGGCCGCGGAGCACGUGGGCCCAGGCACCUACGCGGUGGAGCGGGCGCGGCCGGGGCUUGGGCCCAUGCCGCUUGACUCGCACACCAGCUCUUCGCAGCCACAGCGGGACCCCUACCGCGCCAGUGCGCCCUUUGUGGGCCCCGAGCGGGACAGCGAGGGGCGGUGGGUGAUGUCCCAAGGACCGGAUGUGGUCUACAUACAGCCACAGUUUCAGCCCGCCUCCGACCACGCACCUCCCUGGGACGCAGCAGCGCCGCGUCAUGUGGAUGCAGCCGACUGGCGCUACGGGCACAGCCGUGUGAUGCAGAUCGUAGCUGCAGCGAGAGGAACAGCGUCCACACCCACCUCCCCGUUGCCCGGUUCUCGCGGCUCGCCGUCAGUGCCCGACACGCUCUGCAGCAGUGACAACCGGCUGGACGUGUCGGGGCGGCCGCUGGAGGUGGCGCUGGCGGCCUCUCUGCGCAACGCCGCCACCUGCAUGCGCAGCGGCGAGGCGCGAAUCCUGGCGCUGCCGGCGGAGCGGCAUGUGGACCUGAGGGCGGCGCGGCACGCCACCAGCCGGGGGCCGGAGGAGACGGCGCACCUGGGGCCGGGCGCCUACUCCCCGCUGACGUCUAUGGGCGGCGCCCGGCGGCGCUCCUACCGGCUGUUCGUGGACCCCUUUAUGGCGCCACAGCCCAGCCCCACCUUCAUGGGAGGCAUGCAGGUGGAUGCGGCAAGCAUCGUGCACGCGCACGGCAGGGCGGCGCGCAGGGUGGCGGCACAGGCGGCCUCCGCGGGGGGCUCGGGGCCCGGGGGCGGCUCGGGCAGCUUGACGGCGCGCAGCAGCGCCAGCUUCACGGGGGGGACACCGCGCAGCUCGGGGCGACUGGCGCCUAGUGCGGCCUUCACAUCGCCCUUCCGCGGCCAGAAGAGCGGCGCACACGACUGGACCACGGACAGCCGCCUUGUACGGCAUUAGGGCGGCGGUCACCAGCAUGUGGGCAUUUGUUUGAUUGCGUGGUGUUGCAGGAUGUUGGCUAUACUAGUGCUGGGCUUGGGGUAUGCAUAUAAAUGAUUCGGUUACUGAGCACGGUUACUGGGGCGGACUUCGCCUUUCAUCGUGUGCCGCACAUGGAGGCGGGACUCAUGCAGUACUAUGCCCUGCCUCCGAGGCUGUGCGUCCGUUGUGUCUAUGCCCUGCCUACGGGGCUUUGUGUCCGUUGUGACUAUAUAUCUGGGACUGACGUGUCUUGGCUGACCACUGCACCCAGCCGAUGACACAUAUGCAACUUGUGCGACACUGCAAAGAGCUGCCAUAGGCUUGUCUGCAAUGCGAGGGCCGGCAGGGCACCCACGUGGGCCGGUUC